AUGACUGCCCAAGCGUCAAGUGACAACCCUAUGUGCAAAUCUCGGCCUUACAAGAUCAACAUCGACCUCGCUUUUCUUGAGCAGACACGCUCCACGGUCACCAGCUUUCGUUCCACGGCUGAUAUCGCUGCGCCAGCCUGGUUUAUCGAAUAUGACUGGUUGACAGAGCAGAAAAGAUUGAAUGAAGAGUUUAACCAUUACAUAACCACGAUACCACCGCCAGGUGAAGAUUACACCGAAUCUCUAGACAUCCACUUCAUUCACCAGAGGAGCGAAAAAGCAGAUGCUAUCCCUCUUCUGAUGUCACACGGCUUUGGCUUCUCACCCGCUCCUCGAGCGCCUGGGCUAAACGCUACCUUGCACGGUGUGGUAUUUACAAAUCUUAUGGAACAGUUGGGCUAUGAGAAAUUUGCACUCUACAGUACAGACCUUGGAAUUUUCAUUGGUCUCACCAUGGUGAGCAAGUACGAAAACCGUAUUACACACCACUUCUGCGAUAUGCUUUAUGUGAUCCCCAACGAGAACGACCUUGCGCGCUAUAUUAUGAAUCAGACUUUGAAGGAAGAGUCACAAUAUAUCACAUCCAUACAGGCCUUUUUCAAUCAACACUCAGCUUAUUCAAGGAUCCACUCAAGCUUCCCUCUUUCAAUCGCGUACGCGCUCAACGACAGCCCCGUCGGCUUUCUAGCCUGGAUGUACCAACCGCUCUACACUGUCAGUGAUAUCGCGUAUACGAAGGAAGACAUCAUCAAACAAGCCUUCCUGCUCUACAUUCCUGGUGUUUACGGCAAUAUAAGGGGUUACAAGGAGCUAUUUGACACGUCCAUACUUGCACCUGCGAAAACCUCAUCGGUGCCGACCAGCGCACUGCAGUCCAAAAUUCGGGACAAUCCGAUAUUUGCCUACCCGGAGAUAGCCUACUUCAAUUUUGCACCCCUAACUUGGCUACAAAGAUUCCACAAUGUCACAAAUCUAGCACAUUACAACGAAGGAGGGCAUUUCCCUGCGGAGAGCGUACCACAUCUUGUGGUCAAGGAGAUUAGGGCGGUAUAUGCCUCUUAG